AUGGACAAGGAUCAUGCCUUAGAAGAAAUGAUGGGGAAGCUAGGUGAUUUCGGACGGUACCAAUGUUUCCAGUUCAUCCUUCACGUCCUCGGCGCCAUGACAGCUGGCAUGCAUAUGCUCUCCCUUGUGACGGUUGCUGCAGUACCUGAUCAUAGAUGUUUCCUGCCAGGAGUGGAUAAUACAAGUCAUACGGAACCAUGGAACUCGUCACUUGUGUUAGCCGCCAUUCCUAUAAAUGAGCACGGCAAGUUAGAUAAUUGUAGAAAGUAUGGUGUUAAUAAUGAUACCCUGGUGGAUUGUCAACAGUGGGUCUACGACACACGCUACUACAGCUCCUCCCGGGCUAUAGAGUGGGAUUUCGUGUGUGAUCGUCGUUGGAUGGGCGCUGCUGCCCAGACAGCUUACAUGCUCGGUGUUGUUUGUGGCUCUUUACUAUUCGGGCGCUUAUCUGACAAGUUAGGAAGAAGGAAAGCCUUCCUUUGGUCUGGCAUUUUGCAGCUUCUCUUAGGUACAUCUGUUGCCUUUACUGCGGAUUACUACAGCUUCAUGGCUCUUCGAUUUCUUUAUGGUAUCUUCGGAUCAGGUUCAUAUAUAGCUGGGUUUGUGUUAACAAUGGAAAUAGCCGGGCCGAGUAAGCGUACAAUAUGUGGUGUUGCGUUUCAAAUUAUGUUUGCCGUUGGAAUAAUGUUGUUGCCCGCUUGGGGAUACUUUGUUGAUAAUAGAUUCUAUUUGCAAAUAAUUUAUGCAUUACAUGCAGUCGUAUUGCUUCCUCACUGGUUUCUUAUGGAUGAAUCCCCCAGGUGGCUGUGGUCACAAGGUCGCGCUCGUGAGUCUGUAGCUAUAAUAGAGAAGGCCUUGAAAUUCAAUGGAUCCUCCGAAGUUAUUGAUACUCCCUCUUUAGUUUCGCACUGUAAAGCAACUUGCGCAAAAUAUACUGAUGAACACUCAGCAGCAACUACAGAUCUUUUCAAAACUCCAAAAAUGCUUAAGAAAACUUUAAUCAUUUGCGGUUGCUGGUUUGUUAAUGCCGUAGUAUACUAUGGUCUCUCUCUUAACACUGGCAAACUAAACGGCAACCCUUACUUUCUUAUGUUUUUAAUGGGAGUAGUUGAAUUGCCAGCUUAUGUUAUAAUCGUUUACUUUUUGGAUCGCGUCGGUCAUAGAGCGCUUAUUAGUACCAUGAUGGUGCUUGGUGGCAUCGCUUGUUUAGUAAUUGUUGCUCUACCCCACGGUUCUACACCAACGACCGUGUUUGUGAUGAUAGGUAAACUCUUCAUAUCUGGUUCUUAUUCAAUUAUAUACAAGUAUUCUGCGGAACUGUUCCCAACUGUUGUGCGAAGUUCUGGGGUUGGACUGGGAAGUAUGUGUGCCAGUGUUUCAGGCGCUUUCACACCUCUUAUAAAUUUGCUUGAUACUUUAAAUCCAAAGAUACCUACGAUUCUUUUCGGGUUUCUGGCUUUGUUAUCUGGAUUUUCGACCUUUUUCUUACCUGAAACUUUAGGCAGAAGCCUACCUCAGUCAUUAGAAGACGGCGAAAGGUUUGGUGUUGGUGACACAUGCUUCACGAAUUGCAGCGGUCGGCGGAUGAGUACAGAAUCUGUCGAGCUUCCUGAAACGAUGGUGCCUCUCGACAACAUGGAAAAGAAAUAA